AUGUUCUUCAGCAUCUCUAUCCUUGUACUUUCUGUCCUCCAUCUGUGCGGGACAAUGGAGAGUGGUAUUAUUGGAGGAAUGGAAGCGAAAGCACACUCCCGACCCUAUAUGGUGUCUGUUCAGAUUAACAAGAAGCACAUCUGUGGUGGCAUGCUUAUCAAAACAAAUUAUGUACUGACUACAGCCCACUGUGUAGAUAACCUUGUAUACUCUGGAAAUCAUAAGCUGGAAGUGGUACUGGGAGCUCACAACAUCACUCAAGAGGAGCCCCAACAGCAAAGAAUCACAGUGGAGGAACGCAUCAAGCAUCCCUGUUACAAGAGCAAUGAACGUCCAAAUGAUAUCAUGCUACUGAAGCUGAAAAACGAAGCCAAUCUGAAAGACAGUGUGCAAGUCAUUGAUCUUCCCGAGGAGAAUGAGAACCUUCCAGCCAACAUGAUAUGUUCAAUAGCUGGCUGGGGCAGAACAAAACAGAACAGACCAUCAGAAGUCCUACGAGAGGUGAAUCUCACCAUUCGAGAUAACUCUGAGUGCAAGAAGCAUUGGAAAGAUGACUUUGACAGAAACAGCAUGAUCUGUACUACUGAUGGAAGAGGUGCUUUUUGUAAGGGUGAUUCAGGGAGUCCUCUUAUCUGUGAAAAAAAACCACAAGGAUUAGCUGCAUAUACCAACCGUGACCACUGCUUACACCUCAAGCAUCCAGAGGUAUAUAUGAAGCUCUCCUACUUUCUUCCAUGGAUUAAAAAAAUAAUAGACUAG